GGCAACUGAAUGUGCAGGAAGAUGCUGAACCCGGGAACCUGAAUAUCCUGCCCGGGCGCGUUGUGAGCUCUGUUUCUGGAUUUAUCGAUACAUGUUCCAGCCUCAACCCGCUGGUCUAGCCAAGGGCAGCCUGGAGAAGGGUGCAUCCACGAAGAAAGAGGAAUUGGAUGCAGCGAGCAACGGAGAAGGAAAACCAGAUAGAGAGAAAGAAGUAGCAGCCAGACUGGCCGCUACCCCUCCAGCAGAGACGAUGCUAAAUGGGACCGAAAGUGACGACACAAGGCACAAGAGCCCGACACACGGCUCUGCAUUCAACAACAAGACUUUACCGCUGGUCAAUGAAAAUGGCACGUUAGAUACGGAGCCACCGCACGGUUCUGUUACCGGAAGCAACGGAUUCAUUCUCACUAAGCAGCAGCAGCAGCAGCAGCAGCAGCAGCAGCAGCAGGAAGGCGGCUCUUCAGCGACGUUGGGUUUAGGGGUUUCCCCCCACAGGACUAACUGGCUGCCUUCGGGCUCGCCGACAGGGGGACACAGGGCCAAAUCUCCCCCAGCCUUGGCGUCUGGGUGCGCACAGACUUCAGGUGCACUAAGGACUGACCCCAGUACAGGGACUACGUCGGGAUGGGAGACACCAGACACUAAAAACGGCACAGCCUCGUCCCCGGCCCCGGCUCCAGCACCCGUCACCAUACACAGAGCGCGCAAGACCAUGUCCAGGCCCGCUGUCAGCCCGGCACAAAAGCUUCUUAACAGGGAAUUAAGAGAAGCUAAGACGGCCAAAAUGGAGACAGAAGUUUCCCCUGCUGCUCAGCAACCCUCGCAGCAGUCCUCCGUGCAGAACCAUCUACCUCAGAGUCCAGCGGAAACACCAGCUUCAGCACAAACUGCUCCAUCAGCUUCACCAGCACCUCCUGCAACACCUCCAGCUGCUGCUGCUCUUUCGGCUCUUGAGACUCCUGAAGAUUCCCCGGCUCCUGCAGCUCCUUCAGCUCCCGAGACUCCUGAAGAUCCUCCGUCUCCCGCCAAUCCUGAAGCUCCUACUCCACCUGCUGCUCCCGAGGCUCGCCAAGCUCCAGCCAAGCUCAACCUAGGUCCUUUCUCAGGAGGCUUGUCGUCGCGUAGGAAGAAGAGGAGGAUGGGAAUGUACAGUCUGGUUCCCAAGAAGAAAACCAAAGUCCUGAAGCAGAGAACUAUGCUUGAAAUGUUUAAGGGAAUACAACAGUCCAACAAGAGCAACCUGCAGAGUAAAGAGGUUUCCAACAUAAACGGGGAGAAGGUGGAAAAUGCAUCUGAGGAGGAAGAGUCCGAGGAGGUGGAGUCUGAGGAAGAGGAGCGGCAUCAGCCAGCAGGAGAAGCUGCCGGAGCGGCACAGGACGAAACAUCCGAACCCUCUCAGGGAGGAGACGAGCAGGAAUCUGACGAGUCUGCAGAAGAAGAUGGAGAGGAGGAGGGCACCGAGUCCGACCUGAGCACAGAGUCCAGUCUGAAGAAGAAGUUGAAAAAGAAGUUAAAGAGAGACGCUGCGUGGCUCAGGCCGUCCAGGAAACGGAAGAGGAGGAUAAAGGCCAAAGAACUAGAGGCGGUGGAUCAGCCUCAAGCCUCCGCUCCGGCUCAGACAGACGAUGCGAAGGAGCGCACUCAGAUUUACCCACCUGACUCCGUCACCCUCCAGCAGCCCCGGGAGGCAGCGACUUCCUCUCCGAACAAAGAAGCUUCAGGGUCCACGAUGGAGGAGGCUCAGGAGCUCCCUCUCUGCAGCUGCCGCAUGGAGACGCCCAAGAGUCGAGAGAUCCUCACGCUGGCCGACAGGAAGUGCAUGGCCACGGAGAGCGUGGACGGACAGCUGACCCGCUGCCAGGGCGCCAUUCUGAAACACGAAAUGAUGCGCCCCUCCAACUCCGUGCAGCUGCUGGUGCUGUGCGAGGAUCACCGCAACGGCAUGGUGAAGCACCAGUGCUGCCCCGGCUGUGGCUUCUUCUGCAGGGCUGGGACCUUCAUGGAGUGCCAACCGGACCUCAGCAUCUCUCACCGUUUCCACAGCGCCUGCGCCUCCGUGCUGAAAGGUCAAAGCUUCUGUCCACACUGCGGAGAGGAGGCCAGCAAGGCCAAGGAGGUGACCAUUGCCAAGGCCGACACCACCUCCACCGUCCCCCCGGUGCUAACACAGGGACCUGCCACACCCGGGGCCCCCGAGGGCCGAGCAGACACCACCACUGGCAGCUCCUCUCGUCUGGCUGCGGGGGUUGAAGUCAGUGGGCGUGCUGACAGCUCGCUGCCUGCUCGUUUCUCACAUGGACUCGACUCCUCUGCUGUUCCCGGCUCAUCCCGGGGCGCAGCGCUGCAGGCAGGGACUGGAACCAUGCUGCCCCCUACAGUCCACCAGGGGGCGACCUCCAGAGAGAGUAUGGAGAGCAUCCUGGUGGCUCUCGACACCGAGAAGCCGAAGAAGCUGCGUUUUCACCCCAAACAACUUUACCUCUCAGCCAAACAGGGGGAACUCAAGAAGGUGGUGCAUAUGUUGGUGGACGGUAUCGACCCAAACUUUAAGAUGGAGUCUCAUAACAAGCGCACCCCGCUCCACGCUGCAGCGGAGGGAGGAUUCAAAGACAUCUGCCACAUGCUCGUACAGGCCGGAGCAAACCUGGACAUGUGUGAUGAAGAUCAGCGGACGCCGCUGAUGGAGGCCUGUGAGAACAACUUCAUGGAGGUGGUGCAGUACCUGCUGAGAGCCGGAGCCAGCGCCACACACAAGGAUGUUGAAGGGUUCACGUGUCUCCACCUAGCGGCAAAGUCUGGUCAUUACGACAUCGUGGAGUACCUUCUCAACACCGGAAUGAUCAACAUCAACUGCCAGGAUGAUGGAGGUUGGACAGCCAUGAUCUGGGCGACGGAGUAUAAGCACGUGGACCAGGUGAAGCUGCUGCUGUGCAAAGGAGCCGACAUCAGCAUCAGGGACAAGGAGGAGAACAUCUGCCUGCACUGGGCGGCGUUCUCCGGCAGCGUGGAGAUCGCCGACCUGCUCCUGAAAGCCCGCUGUGACCUGCAGGUCGUCAACAUCCACGGAGACUCUCCUCUGCACAUCGCCGCUCGGGAGAACCGCUUAGAAUGUGUCACGCUUUUCCUGAAUCACGGAGCAGAUGUGUUCCUGAAGAACCGCGAGGGAGAAACUCCUCCGGACUGCUGCAGCAACAACUCCAAGGCCUGGGUCGCCCUGCAGGUCAACAAGAAGGAGAGGGACUCCAAGAACAGCAGGCUCAACCGAGCCCAGGAGAAAGUGCUUCAGAGUGACAUAGCUCUGGGGCAGGAGAGAAUCCCCCUCCCUUGUGUAAACUCAGUGGACAGUGAACCUCACCCGGACGACUACAAAUACAUCCCAGAAAAUUGCGUCACCUCGCCCAUGAACAUCGACAGGAACAUAACGCACCUACAGUACUGUGUGUGUAAAGAAGACUGUUCCACGAGUAUCUGCAUGUGUGGACAGCUCAGCCUGCGCUGCUGGUACGACAAGAAGGGUCGUCUGCUGCCUGAGUUCUGCCGGGAGGAGCCUCCUCUCAUCUUUGAGUGUAACCACGCCUGCUCCUGCUGGAGGACCUGCAAGAACCGCGUCGUGCAAAAUGGAAUCAGGACCAGGCUGCAGCUCUUCAGGACCAGUAAGAAGGGCUGGGGUGUGCGUGCACUACAUGACAUACCACAGGGCACCUUCGUAUGCGAGUACGUGGGGGAGAUCAUCUCCGAGGCAGAAGCAGAGAUGAGGCAGAACGACACGUACCUGUUCAGCCUGGACGACAAGCCACAAGAUCAAUACUGCAUCGACGCUCGUUUCUAUGGCAACAUCAGCCGCUUCCUCAAUCACAUGUGCGAGCCCAACCUGUUUGCCUGCCGAGUGUUCACGACGCACCAGGACCUCCGUUUCCCGCACAUUGCCUUCUUCGCCAGUGAAAACAUCAAGGCCGGAGAGGAGCUUGGAUUUAACUAUGGCGACCACUUCUGGGAAGUAAAGAGCAAGCUGUUCAGCUGCGAGUGCGACUCUUCCAAGUGCAAGUUCUCGUCGGCGGCCAUGGCGUCGCUGCAGGCGGACAGCACACCGGAGGAGCAGCAGCAGCCCAGCGCUCUGCCAGACACCAGCUCCUCCAACAGCCCCUCCUAAAGCCGCCUCACACUACAUGUACACACGACUGUCAGACGCAUCGUCCUUGAACUCUAUCAGUCAGCUUGUACUCUCUCUUCUGAUAGAAACCAUGGACCUUCGUGAGAACCCGUAAACCGUUGUCACAUACACAACCAGACGCACAAUCAAAACGUGAAGGAACUUCCUGCUCCUUUUAUUCAGUCACAGGAACAGCAGGGGGCAGCGACAGCCCGCACAGCAGAUGUCACAGGGACGAUAAAACUGUCUCGACGUGUCACGCAGAACUUUACCUGGAGGGAGAACUGUGCAUUUUGACUUUUUUUUUUAAGAUGAUUGAAAUUGUUAAAUAGCUUUUCUUAUUGCGUAAAGAUCAUGGGACUUUGGGUGGGGGGGGGGGUACGACUGCCUGUUGCAGAGACGACCUCGGCAUACAGCUGGGAUUUGCUUGACCUUUUGUGGUCAUUUAUAAUGAAUCAUUCCAGCGAGAAAACUGAUAAAUAAUUUGUUUUGUUGCCAGUUCUUCGUGUCACUUCAUCUUUGUUCCAGUGUUUGAACAGAAAUGUCCGACAUUUGCCACCGUAAUUGAUUAGGUAUGGAGAAAUUACAGAAACGAUGCGGAAAGCAAACCCGUGGGGCAAACAGUGGACAUUUGUUUUUGUUUGGAGUCUGAAUUGAUUUUGCUGUGCUUUUUCACUAAGCAUGUUUAAGGGGAUGUUAACGAAUUUCUAAAUCUGAAUUGGAGGGUUUAAAAAAGACAAAAGAAAAUGGUGCUGACAAAGGUUUUUACUUUUGUUUUAAUUUUUAUUACCCACGUGAACAUAGAUUGUAAGAUAAGAGAACGUUUUACAUUUUUUAUCUUUCAUUUUAACUCCACUUUUCUAAGCGUAGUGACUGUAGUUAGGCUAUUUUUAAUUUAGUUUCAUGAUUUUUGCCGACAGAAGCCAACCCGUCUUUUUAAAUGUUGUUAGUAAAGCAGUUGUGCAAAGUCUUGAAAGGUAUACAUACAUUUUAAAAAAGGUUAUAAUAAUGCACUUCAUAAUGUUCUGUUACAUAUUUCUGGACCGUGAAUCAUCCAUAUUAAUGGUUGUAUCUUUUUCAAUAAAUUUACUACUAAUGCAUUUAUUCUGA